AUGACCCCAGAACCUCAGGAGGUGACGGAGACCACGGUAAAGACAUAUAUGAGAAUUGAUUAUGGUGAAGGACAACCCAAGCUUUAUGGUAGUGGUGAAGGACAACCCAAGCUUAAUGGUAGUGGUGAAGGACAACCCAAGCUUAAUGGUAGUGGUGAAGGACAACCCAAGCUUAAUGGUAGUGGUGAAGGACAACCCAAGCUUAAUGGUAGUGGUGAAGGACAACCCAAGCUUUAUGGUAGUGGUGAAGGACAACCCAAGCUUAAUGGUAGUGGUGAAGGACAACCCAAGCUGGUGGCCCCAGUAAACCCUCCUGGCCCCAGUAAACCAGGUGGCCCCAGUAAACCUCCUCCAGGUGGCCCCAGUAAAGGGUGGCCCCUGGUGGCCCCAGUAAACCCUCCUCAGGUGGCCCCAGUAAACCCUCCUCCAGGUGGCCCCAGUAAACCCUCCUCCCAGUCCCUCUUCCAGGUGGCCCCAGAAAACCCUCCUUCAGGUGGCCCCAGUAAACCCUCCUUCAGGUGGCCCCAGUAA